AAGGUUUUGCCAGCACAUCGCUCACCUUCAUCUUCAUCUUCGAGGGUCGUAGGUCCAACAAACAUCAGACUGACGACUUGAGACGGAGAUCCGGUCGAUGGAAGAGGAAGUAUGGUAACGGAGCCAAACUCUGCCAAUGCGCACGAGCCGAUCCAUCUCCACGAGCGAGCGAGCAAGCAAGCAAGCAAGCAGCGAUGAUGAUGAGUGUUGGAGAGUAGAGUUUGAAAUCUCUCGUUUGUGAGUUGCCGGCGUGCGAGCUGAGGCUUGAAGCGGGACGAUGUGAAUUUUCUUGUCGAGUACUCCGGAACGCGAUGGAUGAAUCAAAGCGCCGAGCGAAGUCAGGCGCAGCCGAGGGAUCGGUUCUUUUUCAAACAUUUAAGCAUCUCCUCGUGUCUCGCGUCUUGUCUCGACUUAUCACAUUUGUGCUUCGCCUUUUGGUGGCCCGGAGACUAAGCCCCGAUGAGUAUGCACUGUCGACUAUCCAGUUUCACUUACUGACCACGACAAUUUUGUUCAUCAGUCGCGAAGGCUUUCGCCGUGGAUGUCUUCGUAGCGAUUCCGGGCAGAAUGUUUCUGGAUCACAAGCCAAUGAGAAGAUUGUCAAUGUGGCAUGGAUGACAGUUCCUAUAGGAACUUCUCUUGCCGUUUCUGCAUGCACUUUUGUUCUUUGGUGGCAAAGGUCAUCUAUAUCUGAAGAGUACGCCUGGUCAGUAUGGCUGCAUGGCUUGGGCGUAUUAUUUGAAAUCUGGAGCGAACCGCUUUAUAUCCUUUCUCAGCACAUGCUUCUAUUAAAACUCCGUGUUGUGGUCGAAGCACUGGCCACCUUUUCGUGGUCUAUGGUGACGUACGUUCUUCUAUUGAACGGAAUUGGCAAGGGCGGAGGCCUUGUAUUCGCUUACGCCCAGAUGGCUUAUGGUGCAUGCCUUUUACUUGGUUACUGGGGCUACUUUGGAUGGAGACAUUACCAACCUCCAAAUAUGGUUUCUCUUUUUCCUGUCAGGAGAAACGGAAGAAUAUAUCUGAAUAAAGAUAUGGUGAACCUAUGUUUCAUGUUCACGCUACAAGCAGUAUACAAGUUGGUUCUGCAAGAAGGACAGAAGUUUAUUCUGGUUCUGUUUGACACAGCUUACAACCAGGGUGUAUAUGGUCUUGUCGACAAUUUAGGCAGUUUGGUGGUGAGAUCAGUUCUACAGCCUUUUGAAGAAAGUGUCUUUACCAUGUUUGCCAAAGCUUCAGAUGUUUCAGCUGACUCAGAUAAGCGCUCAGAGUCGUUAAAAGGAACAGAGAAAAUUCUUCUGCUCGCCUUGAAGCUUGUGAGCUUUGUAGGUCUCCUUUUUGUAGUUUUUGGUCCAAGCUACGCAUAUGUGUUACUACGUUUACUAUAUGGUCGACGAUGGAGUGACACAGAAGCUUCAAAUGCCCUUGGAUGCUAUUGCCUGUAUAUUAUGACCUUGGCUAUCAAUGGGACGACAGAAGCGUUCUUGCAUGCUGUAGUGACCAAGAAGCAGCUCUUUUGGUCGAAUGCAUGGUUGUCACUGUUCUCUUUUAUUUACAUGAUCCUCAGUGUGAUCCUGAUCAAAAUAGCAGGAUCUACUGGUCUCAUAUUUGCUGAUGCUCUGAACAUGGGAAUGCGAAUCGUGUACUCUGUCAUCUUUAUCAAGUCAUUUUUCAAAGAUUCUUCGACCUUCAGCUUAUGGCGAGCACUACCCAAUUCACAAAUUCUUGUGGUUUUUCUGGGGUCGACAAUCGUCACACAAACAUCAAGAGUAAAAUUAUUGGACGCGGAACUUUUUUUGAGCUCAAGCCUCGUGCACGUAGGAGUUGGAUGUGGAUGUCUUUCACUCCUGGCAAUGUCAAUAUACAAGUACGAAAAACCGUUUCUCAAGGACCUUCGGAGUCUGAAGGACGGUCAAGGUGAAACCAAAGCAGAGUAAUACCUAAUGGCAAUACGAGGGUGAUCGUGUUCCCACUUGUAGGCGUUCGGGUACCGAUGUUUUGGUAAUGAUCGAGAAUUGUUUCUCCAUGACAGCUGCGGUGGACAAAGUGGGGUAUAUACCCGGAAUCCGAUUAAUAAUCAAGUGCGAUGCUUUUGGUCUUGCGAGUAUGUCAGGCAGGUGUUUCCAGAGAUCUGUAAGCGGAGUGUUUUCCGUAGUGAAGGUUUCAAACUUGUUUUUUGCAUCUGGUGCCAAAUACACAGAAACUAGUUUCGAAAGACUUAAGUACAUGCAGAGUUUAAGUUUACGUGUUUGUGAAUUGCCCACGUGGACUUCAUUUUCUAUGAUGAUAUAAGUGCAGGAAUCAUGAAUGCUAGUAUGGGGAUGAACAAGUGAUAUAUGUUUUCAAAGUUACAAGUUGUCUUUGUGAAAUGUUGUAUCAAGUAGAUUUUAAUACUGAAUGAUAGAUUAAACAAAAACUGUAAUUUAAUGUAAUGAAUUAUAAUAAA